AGAGGAGCGGCCGCCGCGGGAGCGCCAGCGCCCCCUCCCCCGCUGCCGCCGCCCCCCGGCCCGCCGCGCGUCGCCAACGCCCCGGGACCGGAGCCUCGCGCCGCCCGCCCGCCGCGUUUCCCUGCUUCUCACACCGGGAGCCAGCGCUUUUUCUCAGUUCGCUCCUUGCAACCAGGACAGAAGGGCGACGGCUGAAGUGGGAAGCGCCCGGCGGCCAGCCGCCUUUGCCACUCCCUGGAGGGGUGGGAGGAGUUGUGGAGUCUUGGAGUCGAUGGGAACUGUGGAGGUGCUCCGGUCCCGCCUCCGCCCCAGCCAGUGAGGGAAGCCCUUACACGGCUCCCUGAGACCCUGCCCUCCCCCCAUCUGCUUGGCACCACCAGGGAUGUGCCGCCUCCUGAGAGCCGCCUCCGCUGUUCCUUAGAGGGACGGGUCGCUGCCACCACCACAACCGCUUCUGACAGCCUCAGUAACUCUGACCUUAUUCCUGCUUUGUGGUGAGGGAGCCUUCUUCCUAGCUUGUAUCACGGUAACGUCGUUCCCUCCUUGGCUCUCUGUCCUUACGAUCGGGCUCUUCCAAUCCCAGGGACCGGGCCUCGGUGUUGACUCCGGUCUGGUGAGUGAGCCCUGGGCACGCUGGCUGGAGUGGCCGGCCACGGCCUUCAGCGUGCCCCACCUCAGGCUCUGGAAUAGCCCCCGCUCCCCUUGUACUGGGUCUCUCCCCAAACUGAGUCUCUGGAUUCUAGCUGCCAAGCGGCCAGACCUGAGUGUUCUCAGGGGAGAGGUAAUUUGGCUCCCAGACAAACUUCUCACCCUCUUAAUAACUGGCCUUUUCUCUCUCUAGAACAUUUGGGACUCCAGUGGGUUUUUUGCUUGUGUGUGUGUGUGUUUUAUCUUUGUCCUGAACAUCCACGUGUAUCUCAGGCACCCUUCACUGAAUGCUGGGCCACUUGGCGAGAGUGCCGAGCUGUCGGGAGGUGCCUGGCGUUCCCUGCCACACCCCCAGCACCUCCGCCGGGCUCGGCCGAGUGAACUGGCUGCUCGAGAGGCCUGACGAGUGGAGGGCGGCGAUGAGGAGGAGCAGGGCCUGGGCCGCCCUGUGCCCCGUCACCAGCGGCCUCCAGGCAGCUGUGGGCCUUCUCGUUAUGCAGGACGGAGGAGGGCUGGAGGCAGGGAGGCCUGCCUCACCUUUAAUUUAACCCCACUUCCUUUUCUUCGCCCCUCAAUAAGGAUCUCUCCCAGACGUGAAGGUCCCUCCCUGGGCACUGCUCUGGUCAGACCAACAUCCAGUUGCCUGGGGACCCUGGUUCACUCCAGCACAGGCCCUUGCCUGGAGAGAGCCCAGCCCCUGCCCUGCCUGCUUCCCUGGGCAAGGCUGCCAGGUGUUUGGAGAGUGAACACCCGGUACCCCCUCCCCUGCUCAUCCCCUCGACCUCUAGGACACGCCCAGCUCCACAAUGGCAGCAGAGACCCUCAACUUUGGGCCUGAGUGGCUGAGGGCCCUUUCUAGUGGUGGCAGUGUGGCCUCCCCACCCCCAUCCCCCGCCAUGCCCAAAUACAAGCUGGCCGACUAUCGCUACGGGCGAGAGGAGAUGCUGGCCCUCUAUGUCAAGGAGAGCAAGGUCCCCGAUGAGCUGCAAGACAAGGAGUUUGCUGCGGUGCUGCAGGAGGAGCCGCUGCAGCCCCUGGCGCUGGAGCCUCUGACUGAGGAGGAGCAGAGAAACUUCUCCCUGUCAGUGAACAGUGUGGCUGUGCUGAGGCUGAUGGGGAAAGGGGCUGGUCCCCCCCUAGGUGGCGCCUCCCGUGGCAGGGGCAGCACGCGGAGCCGAGGCCGCGGCCGCGGUGACAGUUGCUUUUACCAAAGAAGCAUUGAAGAAGGCGAUGGGGCCUUUGGCCGAAACCCCCGGGAGAUCCAGCGUAGCCAGAGUUGGGAUGACAGAAGCGAGAGGCGGUUUGAGAAGUCGGCCAGGAGGGAUGGAGCGCGAUCCGGGUUUGAUGAGGGAGGGGCUGGCCCGAGGAAGGAGCAUGCCCGCUCAGAUAGCGAGAACUGGCGUUCUCUCCGGGAGGAACAAGAGGAAGAGGAGGAGGGCAGCUGGAGACUUGGGGCAGGACCCCGGCGAGAUGGCGACCGCUGGCGCUCUGCCAGCCCUGAUGGCGGCCCCCGCUCUGCUGGCUGGCGGGAACAUGGGGACCGGCGUCGGAAGUUUGAAUUUGAUUUGCGAGGGGAUCGAGGAGGGUGUGGUGAAGAGGAGGGGAGGGGUGGGGGGGGCGGCUCUCACCUCCGGAGGGGCCGAGGGCCUGACGGCUUUGAUGACGACAAGGAUGGGCUCCCGGAGUGGUGUCUGGACGAUGAGGAUGAAGAAAUGGGCACUUUCGAUGCCUCCGGGGCCUUCUUGCCUGUCAAGAAGGGCCCCAAGGAGCCCAUUCCUGAGGAGCAGGAGCUCGACUUCCAGGGUCUGGAGGAAGAGGAGGAAGAGCCUUCCGAAGGGCUGGACGAGGAGGGGCCUGAGGCGGGUGGGAAAGAACUGACCCCACUGCCUCCUCAGGAGGAGAAGUCCAGCUCCCCAUCCCCACUGCCCAGCUUGGGCCCACUCUGGGGAGGCAACGGGGAAGGCGAUGAUGCUCUGGAGAAAGACCUGCCGGCAGCUGAAGGAGACGAUAUGAGGGCAGUGCAGCUGAGUCCUGGGGUGGGUUCACCCCCUGGCCCACCUGGAGAUCUGGAAGAUGAUGAAGGCUUGAAGCACCUGCAGCAGGAGGCGGAGAAGCUCGUGGCCUCCCUGCAGGACAGCUCCCUGGAGGAGGAGCAGUUCACAGCCGCCAUCCAGGCCCAGGGCCUGCGCCACUCUGCAGCUGCCACCGCCCUCCCCCUCAGCCAUGGCGCGGCCCGGAAGUGGUUCUACAAGGACCCGCAGGGGGAGAUCCAAGGCCCCUUCACGACACAGGAGAUGGCAGAGUGGUUCCAGGCGGGCUAUUUCUCUAUGGCCCUGCUUGUGAAGCGGGGCUGUGAUGAGGGCUUCCAGCCGUUGGGUGAGGUGAUCAAGAUGUGGGGUCGUGUGCCCUUUGCCCCUGGGCCCUCACCACCCCCACUGCUGGGAAACAUGGACCAGGAGCGGCUGAAGAAGCAGCAGGAGCUGGCGGCAGCCGCCUUGUACCAGCAGCUGCAGCACCAGCAGUUUCUGCAGCUGGUCGGCAGCCGCCAGCUCCCGCAGUGUGCGCUCCGGGAAAAGGCGGCUCUGGGGGACCUGCCGCCGCCGCCGCAGCAGCAGCUCACCGCGUUCCUGCAGCAGCUCCAAGCUCUCAAGCCCCCCAGGGGUGGGGACCAGAACUUGCUCCCGACGAUGAACCGGUCCCUGUCAGCGCCAGACUCGGGCCCCCUCUGGGACAUACAUACCUCAGCCUCAUCACAGUCAGGCGGUGAGGCCAGUCUUUGGGACAUACCAAUUAACUCUUCGACUCAGGGUCCAAUUCUAGAACAACUCCAGCUGCAGCAUAAAUUCCAGGAGCGCAGAGAAGUGGAGCUCAGGGCGAAGCGGGAGGAGGAGGAGCGCAAGCGCCGAGAGGAGAAGCGCCGCCAGCAGCAGCAGGAGGAGCAGAAGCGGCGGCAGGAAGAAGAGGAGCUGUUUCGGCGCAAGCAGGUGCGGCAGCAGGAGCUCCUGCUGAAGCUGCUCCAGCAGCAGCAGGCGGUGGCUGCCGUCCCUGUGCCUCCUGCGCCCAGUUCCCCGCCCCCCCUGUGGGCCGGCCUGGCCAAGCAGGGCCUGUCGAUGAAGACGCUGCUGGAGCUGCAGCUGGAGGGCGAGCGGCAGAUGCAUAAGCAGCCCCCGCCUCGGGAGCCUUCGCGGGCCCAGGCUCCCAACCACCGCGUGCAGCUCGGGGGCCUGGGCGCCACCCCCCUGAACCAGUGGGUGUCUGAGGCUGGGCCGCUGUGGGGCGGGCCCGACAAGAGUGGGGGCAGCAGCGGCCUGGGGCUCUGGGAGGACACCCUCAAGAGCAGCGGGAGCCUGGCCCGCAGCCUGGGCCUGAAGAACAGCCGCAGCAGCCCCUCUCUCAGUGACUCGUACAGCCACCUGUCGGGUCGGCCUGUGCGCAAAAAGACGGAAGAGGAAGAGAAGCUGCUGAAGCUGCUCCAGGGCAUCCCCCGGCCCCAGGAUGGCUUCACCCAGUGGUGUGAGCAGAUGCUGCACACGCUGAGCACCACGGGCAGCCUGGACGUGCCCAUGGCUGUAGCGAUCCUCAAGGAGGUGGAAUCCCCCUACGACGUCCAUGACUAUAUCCGUUCCUGCCUGGGGGACACGCUGGAAGCCAAAGAAUUUGCCAAACAAUUCCUGGAGCGGAGGGCCAAGCAGAAGGCCAGCCAGCAGCGGCAGCAGCAGCAGGAGGCUUGGCUGAGCAGUGGCUCCCUGCAGACAGCCUUUCAGACCAACCACAGCACCAAACUCGGCUCUGGGGAGGGCAGCAAAGCCAAGAGGCGGGCACUGAUGCUGCACUCGGACCCCAGCAUCUUGGGGUACUCCCUGCAUGGACCUUCUGGUGAGAUCGAGAGCGUGGAUGACUACUGACCAGCCCGUCCCACCAGCACCCUGGGCUAUAGGCCAGGGGCAGCAGCAACGGCUUGGACCCCUGGGUCCCCGGCCUGCAGGCUCCCCACGAGGAGCAUAGGAGGAAGCAGGGGCAGGGUCCCCAGCACUUGUUACAAACCACACGAUGCACCUUAACUCACCCACCACGAGGCACUUUACAGAUUGGGGGGAAGGGUUUUUUUGUUUUGUUUUUGUUUUUAAUUUUAAACAACAUUGAAGAAAACAUUAGAGACAAAAAAAAAUUGUUAAGAAGGAGACUCUAAGCACUCCCUUUCCCUUUUGGGGAUGGGGGAGCAACAAUGGAAGAUCCACAGAGGUUUUUGUUUCGUUUUUUUUUCUUUUUUUUUCUUUUUUUUUAAGAAAAAAGAAAAACAAAAAAAAAUGGUUAGGAGACUGAAAGAAAAAACACACUGUUAUUUUGGGGCAGUGGGGACACGGGCCCCACGGACCUGUCCUGCCUGGCCCCCGAGGCUGCACUUACCCUUCCUGCCCCACACGGUGGGCCACUGGGGUAACUGGAAGCUGGGGUGCCAGCAGUUUGCACAGCGAGGCCCCCUCAGCCCCGCCGGCCGGACCCGCUGUGAACGGCUCCCUUGUUGCUGUGACUGUGGCAGAGGUGUCUGAGGUGGGGGCCGAAGUAGCCCCUUGGCUUCGCUGCUUCUGGGGAAAGUUGCACAAAUGGGCCAGGCCGCCUCAGCGCCCCAGGCUGCCGCCCUGCACUGGCUGACAGGGUGGAUGGGAGAGGGUCGGCAGUGCCAACCUCAUCUGGCUGUCAGGCCGGCAGAACUUCCACUCUGGCCCUGGUGAGGGGCUUCCCCCUCCGCUGCCAUUCGGGGGGCCGGCCUGGGUGCGAAGCUGAAAGUUCCAGCUCCCUGCCUUGCCACAUGAAUGUAUUCUCUGGGCCACGAGCCCCUGCUGCGCCCGCUGCCUCAACCCGAGAGAGGUGGGGGCGGAGCAGUUCCUCCAGGAGCUGGAGAGAGAGGCGCCACUUCAUGACUGUUGUUCCUCCUGUGAAGGGGGCAGGCGAGGGGCCAAGGAGGCCACGGAGUGGGCCGCUUGGGGCUUCUGGUUGCAGUGCGGGGCUGUUAUAAGGGAGCCCCCCACCUGCAGCCAGCUGUGUGGGACAUGGACCACCCAGCUCGGCCCUGACCCCUCCAUUGACCAAAUGGGAGAGGAGCAAGCGGCCUCUCCCCUCCCUGCUCCCCUCAUGUUUUUAAAUGUUGGGUAGGGUGGGGUGUCAAGAAUGGGAGUGUCUAUCUCUCCUGGGUCGGGGGUAGGCUGCCCUUCACCAACUUAUUCCCAAUCACCUACCUGGGUUUGUCUCCAUUUGGGUUGUUUUUUUUUUUUUUUUUUAAAGUUUGUUGUAUCUUUUGGAUUUCUCAUUUAACUUCUCCCGUGGACCUCAUUGCUCAGAGCGCAGUAUUAGGGCAAGAUUCUGCCACUGCCUCCCUCCAUGAAUGUAUUUAUCCUUCCUGCCCUGGGGAAAUGGGGAGUGGCCCCAGUUUUCUUUCCCCAUCUAUCCCCAGAGAGAUGAUUUUUUUAACUUUUUUUUUUUUUUUUUUUGCACCAAAGUGGCAACUGGGUCAGUGUUGGGGGAUAAAGCUGGCCUCGGGGGUGGAGGGGCCCCCUCCACCUGCUUCUCCCUGGUUUCAACAGUGUUAGCGUCCGUGAAAAGACAAUAUUCUCUCUAAAGCAAUAAGGGGGUGAUGGGCCAGGGGGAAAUGUCUUGCUGCUGCUGGCCCCCCAGCUCCCCCUUUCCUCGAGCCAGUAUUUGGUGGCAUUAGAGGUGUUGGGGGAGUACUGUUGUGACUGAAUGUAACUGCCCCCACCCCUGCCGCAGCCAAUGCAGGGGGAGGGGGGAUGACACUCUUCCCCGUCUCUUCCUUCCCCUCCCCCCCAGCUAAAGAGACUUUGAAUUUAGGGGGCCCUUGAGCCUGGAGAGGCCUUAACCCUGUGAGGAAGUGUAGGGGGAGCCCUCUCCCACCCCCAUCCCCUUCUGAGAGUGGUCAAUGUUUACAAGCCCCUGAGCCCCCCAGCCCAGGGACUCAGGCCCCUUGCUGUCCUUUCCCAGCCCGUCUUCCUGGGCCCCGGCUGCUCCCCCGCCCUUCCUGGGGUUAGGGUGGGUGCAGGGGUCAUUCUGUAUCCUUGUCUGCCUUGUACCCACCAUCUCCCCAACCUGUGUGACUCCCUUCUCGUCUACCUGCCUCUGUAAAUACUCUGCUUCCCCCCAAUAAAACUUGGUGUGUGUUCUCCCCUCCUG